CCGGGCCCUGAGGCGUCCCCAGCCCGCGCCUUUGUGGCUUGGCGGCGGCGUCUUUUCGGUGGCCAUGAGGCGGAGAGGCCCAGCGGAGGAGGCCUGCGGCGUGUGGCUGGACGCGGCGGCUCUGAAGAGGCGGAAAGUGCAGACACAUUUAAUCAAACCAAGCACCAAAAUACUAACACUGCUUCCUGAAGAGAGAAAGACUAAUAUUUAUUUAACUCAAAGAAGAACUCCACAUGCAUGUGUUAAGCAGACCAGCAUUGCUUCCUUCUUUACCUUGCAACCAGGAAAGACAAAUGGUGGUGACCAGAGAAGUGUUCCAUCUCCUGCAGAAAGACAGAUCAACAAAGAAUCCAAGAAUGAUGCCUCCCCUCUAAGGGGCCAUUUGAUCCAAGGCUCUGGGGAUGGUUGCAUGGCACUCCCUUUUGCCACUUCAACCCCAGCAGACAUCCCAGAGACGGGAUUUUCUCCUCAGCUCCUCCAGACUUCUGGCCACCACAAAAUGGGAAAUUCACUUUUGACUGAGCUGUCUUUGCUGCAGCCUGAUACCCUAGUCUGUGCCGGACAGAGUGAAGCCUCACUGGCUUUUUCCUUUACCCAGGACUUGGGAAGUUCUUGUUUACUGGACCAGAAGGAGGGACAGAAGGAUUCUUCCAUAAGGGAAUGGCUUCAUGGAUCUAAAAAGAAGUCUCAGGGCCUGGAGGGACACAGCAGCCCAGCUAGGAGAAAAUGCCCUCAAUCCUUGGACAAAGCUAAAUUGGAAAGGAAGGUGUCUGCCAAAGAAAACAGGGAGGUCCCUCGGACUCACAGGGAAUCCUGGAAUGGAAAAAACAUAGCAGUGGAACGAAGCCCUUGUCCUGUUUCUGUAUUUUCCUGGGAUAGUGAAAAGAAUGACAAGGACUCAUGGAAUCAGCUUUUCACUGAAGAUUCUCAGGGCCAGCAGGUCAUUGCCCACAACUCUCGAGCCCCUUUCCAGAACAUAAGCAACAGCUGCCAUCAGGGCUUGGCACAGUUUCCUGACAGCACUCAGGCUCUGUGCCAGGUGGGACCGACACAGUUCCACCUGCCCCCUGACCUUCUCUUUACCCAGGACUCUGAAGUCCAAGCUCUAGCUUGUCUGCCAGACUGUUACAGAUUUCUGGCUGAGACGCAGAAACAUCUGUCUGUGGUGAGGAAGGCAGCUGUUGAAGGAGUUCCAGGAGCGUGA